GUUUCGUCAGUUUGUUCUUUCAGAUUCGGUGAAUCUGCUGUGUUCGUUUCAUCACAUCUGGUUCGGACCUGAAACCGGAAGUUGUUCAUCAGUUAACACGCAUUUCCAUGAUCCUGCCUGGACCACAUGUGUUCAUCAUUGUGCUCAAUUUAGGACAAAGAUUCACCAAAGAAGAACAGACAGCUGUGGAGAUCAUCCAGGAGACGUUUGGAGAGAAAUCAUUAAUGUUCACUAUGGUGCUCUUCACCAGAGGAGAUGAUCUGGAGAACAAAACCAUUGAACAGUGUUUGGGAAAACCUGGAUCUGCUCUGAAUCAGCUGAUUGAAUCGUGUGGAAACAGAUUCCAUGUGUUCAAUAAUAAAGAGACUGGAGACCAAACACAGGUGACUGAUCUACUGCAGAAGAUAGACAACAUGGUGAAAACAAACGGAGGGAGUUACUACUCAUGUAAGAUGUUCAGAGAGAUGGAAAGACAAAUACAAGAACAACAGAAGAACAUACUGAUGGAGAGAGUGGAGCAACUGAACAGAGAAAAAGACGAACUGAUGAACAAACAUGAAGAAGAGAAAGAGGAUAAAGAUGAUGAUGAAGGAAGAUUAUGA